GCACCGCGCGGGGCCUCGAGGGACCCUAGCCGCGGGCGCACCGGGCCGCCCGCCGUUUCCGGCUCCUCCCUGGAGAGCCGCGUCGGGCGCGCGAGGCGAGGCGCCGGGCCGCGGGUGGAGGAGGACUAUGAAGCUUCCGAACAUCCUGCUCACCGGUACACCAGGUGUUGGAAAAACCACACUGGGCAAAGAACUUGCAUCAAGAUCAGGAUUGAAGUACGUUAAUGUGGGUGAUUUAGCUCGAGAAGGGCAGUUAUAUGAUGGCUAUGACGAAGAAUAUGGUUGUCCCAUUUUAGAUGAAGACAGAGUUGUUGAUGAGUUAGAGAAUCAGAUGAGAGAAGGCGGCGUUAUUGUUGAUUACCAUGGUUGUGAUUUCUUUCCUGAACGCUGGUUUCAUAUAGUUUUUGUCUUGAGAACAGAUAAUAGUAUAUUGUACAAACGACUUGAAACAAGGGGUUAUAAUGAGAAGAAACUACAAGACAAUAUUCAGUGUGAGAUUUUUCAAGUUCUUUAUGAAGAAGCCAUAGCAUCUUACAAAGAAGAAAUUGUGCAUCAGCUGCCCAGUAAUGAACCAGAAGAGCUAGAGGAUAAUAUCAACCAAAUCUCAAAGUGGAUUGAGCAAUGGGUCAAAGACCAUAACUCUUAAUUUAGAGACUGGGCAGCCAGGCCCCACCAUGGCAUACACCUUUAUCCCAGAUCUUAGGAGCAACAGCUGGUCUACAUAGUGAGUUCUAGGCCAGCCAGCGCCGUGUAGUAAGACUCUGUUUCAAAGGAAAAAAGAAAAAAGCCUGGCCUCAGUACAGCUACCCUUGUUGAGAUCACUCAGUCCACGCAAUAGAAACACCCAAGGCUCAGCAGAAGAAAACUGUGUUGCAGCUCUAGCUGCUGCCUGGAUUUCUCUUCUCCAUGAGAAAGCUUAAACAAUCUCAGAUACGAAUAUCAUUUAUUAAGGAGUGAGCCUGAACAUUGUCUUCAAAAUGAUAAUAAAUUUGAUCAUUGAAGUGUAGGUGAUCUCUUAAAAUAAAAAUGGAAAACUAAAGAUA